AGUAAGCGAGUUUUUCUUAGCAUUAAUCUUUACGACUCAUUGUGAACGGUUCACUUGAUAAAACCCGGUUGCAUUACAUAAGAAAAAACUUGGAAAAGAAUAUUUUUUUAAUAUUAUAAGAGCAGCAUUAAAACCAAUUCGAAACAAUGCCAGUGGACCAAGUGUUAAUUUCCUACAUUCGCAGCUGCAACUGGAUUAAUGUCCUGCUGCUAAGAUCGAUGAACUUAUUCAAGCCUGUCCUCCUUGAGAGUCCUCGCGAGAUGCUGGAGGUCAGCCCGAAUGGAAUUGCCUGGAGCGAACAGAACCUGGAGUACCGCAUAAUGGUGGACAAGUUCUUUGAAAUCGCAGUCAAGACGAAUGAUGGCAAUACUCCGUACACCUUAGUUGAAAUGCUGUCCAACAAUCACUUGGUGUUUGGCCUGAGUCUCCGGAGGAUCACUUACAGAGCCUUGGAGGAGCACACCAUUGAGGUGGAUCAGAAGGAUCUGCCACUUCACGUUAAUGCACUUACUCCAUGUUCCUUUCACUGCAGCAACUGUGCAAAUGAGAUAAUUUCCCGAUGGCAGUACCUUCACAUUAGACAGGUUCCCUUAACCACAAUGAGGCCGCAGAACUACUUCUCAGCACGCUACAGACUGCCGGUGUAUCCCGGUGCCCAUGACCUAUUCUAUGGUUUGAAUUAUCUGGUGAUUUGCACUGCACUCCUGGGCGAUGGGGUCACAUCAUUUCGCAAUCGUCGUCGCAUCGAAUGCUCCCGUUGCAAGCAAUAUGUGGGUGAGUUUCUGGGUCGGGCUGUUGCAGUUGAGCUCUACGCGGAUGCCCUGCGAAUGUUAACCGAAGAGUCUCCCCUGGAGCUAAAGGAGAUCUUUGGCCAUGUGACACCCACCCAAAUUAUGCUGCGCCUCCUUCACGACGCCGAACCCACUCAUAAUGAGAAGACUCGCCUUUUUCUGAAGGCCACUCGUCCGGAUGGUCAGUUGCACUACUUGCAACUCCAAGUGAACAUCCGUCAGCUGCACAUCCUGCGUUCAGAGGUGGAAACCUCUGAGGUCCUCGAUCCAGCCCAACCCCUUCCCAUCGAGGUGGAUACCAGCAGCGAGAGUGACUUCGAGAUGAAUUCCAUUGAUUUGAGCAGCAGCAGCACCACAAAUUCAGAAAGUACAGAUGAAGGAAUGGAUCGUUCAGUUGCCAGACCAAAAACCCCUGAGGAGAUCCCACCAAAAUCAGUGCAGUAUGUAAAAUUACGAGGCUUUCGGGGAUGCCGCGUAAAGUAUCUCUUUUCUGGUAAUGAUGAGGAUCUCAACCGAAACCACAAUAUCAUCGAAGCUUGGCGCGAUUCUGGGACCCACCUUCUGCGCAUCUCCUACGAGAUUAUGGCGGAGCUGAUGGGCGAACUGAAUGCCAAUGAGCAGAUGGUAGCCGCCCUGGAGAAACAACCACCACCCUCCCAAUCCGACCAGCCCCGACUCAGCUAUAUAAUCUACGAGAACGACGAGGAGUUCUACGCCGGGCAGGAACAAUAUGCCAAGCGAUCCAAAUAA